AUGGAUGGCACUUGUCAGCCAUGCGUCUUGUUCGCUAGUGCGGGUGGUUGCCACAAAGGGGAAGCAUGCCGGUAUUGUCACCUGCCCCACCUCCCGGAAGCCCGUGCAACAACAAGAGGAGUUCGAAAGCAUACACGCGACAGCAUCAAGGAAAGAGUCUUGGCGCUCCUCUGCCCUCCGGUGGACCGGGAUGGAGUGCAUGAGCGUUUGCAGGAAGAAGCGGGUCGGCAUCCGUUCGGGCGCAAGCUGAUCAUCAAGUUUUUGGACGAUCCUCCGGAAGAGCAUCGAGGUCUGUAG